AUGGCGAGCGACGGCGUCACCGGCGCCGCCAAUGUCAGCAUGCCGAUCCUCAUGACCAUGGCCGGCUUCCUCGCCAUCUCCUUCUACAACGUCGUCGAGCUCUUCGUCAUCAUCUUCACCACCUUCAAGCAGCGCCACGGCCUGUACUUCUGGUCCUUCAUCGUCGCCACCGCCGGCAUCGCCCCGCACGCCCUGGGCUUCGUGCUCAAGUUCUUCGGUGUGGUGCCCGACUCGCUCUGGUGGCUGCCCGUCGCGCUCGUCGCCGUCGGCUUCCCGGCCAUGGUGACGGGCCAGUCGGCGGUGCUGUACUCGCGGCUGCACCUGGUCAUGCACGACGAGCGCAAGCUGCGCUGCGUGCUGGCGCUGGUGGUGUUCGACGGCGUGGUCAUGAGCGCGCCGCUGAUCGCCCUCGCCUUCGGCGCCAACUCGCCGCACCCGGCGCCCUUCCUGCGCGCCUUCACCGCGUGGGACAAGGUGCAGAUCGCCGUCUUCGCCGCGCAGGAGAUUGCCAUCUCGGUGCUGUACAUACACGCGACGGCGCAGCUGCUGCGGCCCCAGGAGGCCGGCCCGGACUCGGCCAGCGGCCGCGCGCUGCGCCGCAUCCUCGUCCACCUCGUCGUCGUCAACGCCGUCGUGCUCGCCUUCGACGUCACCCUGCUCGGCGUCCAGUACUCGAACCAGUACGAGAUCCAGACGACGUACAAGGGCGCCGUCUACAGCAUCAAGCUGAAGCUCGAGUUCUCCGUCCUGAACAACCUCAUCGGCGUCAUCAAGGACAAGGACCUGUCGUUUGGCGGCAGGGGGAGCUCCAGCCUGGCCGCCCCGUCGAGGAAUCGGUUCGACACGUUUACGUUCAACAAUCGGAGGAGCAGGGGGUCGUCGGCCGAGGAAGGGGUUUUUUCGCGGAUCGGGGAUGGGGAUGGGGCAAAGGGGGGUGGUGGACGCGGCGUGACGAGGGAUAGUUUGGUGAUUGAAAGCGUCAAGUAUGUGGGGGAUGAUGCUACGUCGGAGCGGUUGAGGACGGGGAGCACGGCGACGGCGGCGACGGCGGCGACGGGGAGGCUUGGUGGUGGAGGUAAUGGCACCAGCAUUGGGAUUGCGUUCCAGCCGACGCAGCCGCUGAGGUCGCCCGAGGCGGAGGUGGAGCUGGUCACGUUGGAGUCGGGGCGCAUUGUGCCGAGGAGUUCGAUACCAAUAUCAUGA